AAGUCUUGGCCGGUACAGCUGCCAGAAUGCCCUACAUAUAUCCGCUUCAGCGGCAAAAGCUGCUGUUGUCGGGCCGUACCGCCCCACUGAUGCCAAUGCCAGGCCCGGAAAAACGCGGCGCAGGCUCGGUGCUGAGUUCCGGGAGCGGGACGUUCGGGCCCGUUCUUGAACCUCCUGUGAGACCCCCGCAUUGCUCCGGACUCUUCGUCCUGCACCCGGAAGCUGCGGACUCCCCCACAAGCCUCGAACCCCAGCAACAGCCCUAGGAGCUUCCCACUAGUAGCUUCCCCCACAACGGGGUCAUGGACACCUUGCCAGGAGGAGCACUGCGUUGAUCCCGUGGCAGAAGCCUACCAGUCCUUCCCUAAGCUGGCUUGUCAAACCAACGUUAACCCCAUACACCCUCUUCUGGUCGCCAUGUGAGGUUACAUCGUCCCAUAUCCUCCAUCGCGAGCAUCGACAAAGGCACGUGGAAGGCUGAGACUUAAACCAGGGUUAAGCUGAGGAACGCCUGCUCCACAUUCAACCCACCCCUUCUAUUGCUUGCCCAGCCACGUGCCAGCCUCACGCGUGGAAGAGGUGUCCGUCCCAAAAGAGUAUCCGGCUUCGAUAAGGCAGAUACCCAUUUUGCCGUCAAUCUGAGCUCUUUCUAGGACUGAGAUCCAGUUGUCUUUAUGAGUCAACGUGGAGGUCUCCUACACUGUGUCCCCGACACGUUAGAUUCCAUGAUUAGACCCCUUGGCGCUGGGCAUGCCACAGCGCGUCUAUUCGUUUUUCCGCCCCUGCCAUAACCCGGAAUCUUUUCCCAUGUCUAGCGUCUCCCGCCUCUCAUCGCCGCUGGAUUCCACGUUCACUAUCCGGGUUAUUAUCUUGGGGUUACAUAAAUGGGGACGACAGACUCUUGGGACAUCUUGGCUAUUACGAACUCCCCGCUCUGCUCUCUUGGAAAAUUGCGGUCCCAGCCCACAUCGACUGGACCUUUUGAACCUUUGAUUCGAGUUCACAGACGCCGAUUCUCUUUCAGGCAACAAGCCCAAGACUUUCCCUUCUUGGUACGGAGCCGAAGGCUGCCGUGGUGCUUCCGACUUCCGGUCCGGCACGCCCUAUAUAGCACCAUGAAGUGCGACAGCUGCCCGGCCCUUGCCACUCCAUGAUGCAUGCCAAGUCUCCGGUGAGCCGCGUCUCGUGGUGCAGGACGCCGGACUUGGUCGCGGUGACGAUGGAUGCGCACCGACGAUGUGAUGUUUAUACUUGCACAGUACCAAUGCGGCCAGUAUCACCGACUGGCUGGCAGGUCGAGAUGACAAGGGCCCAGGAAACAGACUCGUGGGUUCUCCCCCGCCUCUGUUCCCAUGGGGUCCCCGGAGAUGCGUGGACCGGAGGCGCGUGGAUUCCAUGUUUCUUACUCCGGGGUCUUGCUCCCAGCUCGUUUCUGCGCGGGGCAGGUGGGUGGCGAUACUUGGGUAAUUUCAUCGAUGCGCGCGCAACACCCUGUUUUUGGCCACGUCGUAACAGCGCUCCUGCAGGUGUAGGAUACAGUGCCCGGCGUCGGCUGUCAGCCAGCCCCGGGCCAGAGAAGGACCGUGUAGCCCAUCGAGACGUCAAGGGGAACCUCGGUUGCUGGAGAAGAAGACCCUCCCCUUGCCCCCGUGUACCGGAUCAACGACGCCCACACACUCUGGGCCGGCCGACGGAACCAAACCUCCACUUGCACACCGAUCUCGCGGUCUAGGGUGCAGAAUUUUUCUGCUCUCUACUCUCCUGCGUAUAAAGGAGGCGCUAUGAACUCGUUCAUCUCCCGUUUGGACGAGCAGCCAUCAUCUCUCCUUCUCACCCUUUCUUGCCCCUCCCCGGUAUAUCAGCACCGCUCCUACCCGCCUCGCACACGAUGAGUACGGGAGAGAAGCCCUCGGCACAGCCGGUCGACAAUGUCGCCACUGGCAACGCUGCGGGCGACCGGGUGACAAAGGAGCCAUCGGUGCUCGAGGCCAACGAUGGGCUCAAGAAACCGGAACACCUACCGAGCGCAGACGAGCAGAUAGAGGCUCUCGGCAUUCCCAACUGGAAGGAGCUCGAGAGAAAGGUGGUCAAGACACUCGACAUGACACUGCUCCCGUGUCUCUGGGUGCUCUACCUUUUCAACUACCUCGAUCGGGCCUCCAUCGCACAGGCCCGGCUCAGCACACUGGACGAGGACCUCAAGCUCGAAGGGUACCAGUUUGGCACCGCCGUGUCUAUUCUCAGUCUCGGCUACGUUCUUGGUCAGGUCCUUUCCAAUAUGAUCAUCGGAAAAGUGCGGCCUAGUGUGUACCUUUGCGCCAUGGCCAUGGUUUGGUCCGGCGUGUCGGCCGCCACGUGCGGUGUAAGGAACUACCAAGGGCUCAUUGCCGUUCGGUUCUUCCUGGGCGUGGUCGAGGCUCCUCUGUUCCCUGGUGCUAUCUACGUCAUGUCCUGCUGGUACACGCGCAAGGAGAUGGCCCUCCGGUGCUCCAUCCUCUACACCGGACAGACGCUGGCAUUUUGCGUGGCGGGCCUAAUCGCGGCGGCCGUGUUCGGCACGCUCGAGGGCUCGUACGGGCUGGCGGGCUGGCAGUGGCUGUUCAUCGUGCUCGCGACCGCGGGCGCGGGCCUGGCCCUGAUCUGCUUCUGGAUCCUGCCCGACUACCCGGACUCGGACACGGGCAGCGCGGCGCGGUGGUUCAUGACGGAGGACAUGCGCCGGGUGGCGGCGGCGCGCAUCCUCGCGGACCGCGUGUCGACGUCGGAGGCCAAGGCGGGCGUGUGGCAGGGCCUCAGGAUGACCGUGUUCGACUACAAGUUCUGGCUGCUCGUGGGUAUGAACAUUGGCAUCUCGGCCGCCUACGGCUUCUCAAACUUCUUCCCGUCCAUCGUCAGGGGCUUUGGCUACUCGUGCAUCAUCACGCUCGUGCUGACGGCGCCGCCCUACAUCUUCGCCGCCAUCGGUUCGCUCGUCAACGCCUGGCACUCGGACAAGACCAAGGAGCGCGGCUUCCACUUUGCGGGGCCCAUCGCCUUUGGCUGCAUCGGCUACAUCAUCUGCCUGGCGACGGAGAACAGGAACGCGCGUUAUGCGGCGUCCUUUAUCUACGUCGGCGGCAUGUACUUUAGCAACCCCCUCAUCAGCACAUGGACUUCCAACACCAUGGGCCGCACGCCCGAGAAGCGAGCCAUCUCGGUGGCGCUGGUCAACGUGCUUGGCCAGAUCGGCAACCUCAUCGCGCCCUACUUCUUUGUCGAGUCGGAGGAGCCCGUGUACCGGCUCGCGUUCAUCCUGAUGAUGGUCAUGGCCAUCAUCGCCAUCAUGAGCGCCAUGGGACUGAAGCUAUACCUCGGCCGGUCCAACAAGAAGCUGUACAGGCGGGCAGUGCAGAACGAGACGGUGUACAACCCUUAUCUGACCUAAAGGCGGAGGGAUUUAGCCUUGUGCAUGCACCGCCCUUAUUGGGUUACAUUGAUGCGGGAGCCAAGGCCGGCGGCCUCCCGUUGUCAUUGGCACGGCUGGGCUACGGUGGGGGGAGUGAGGUGUCGGCUGGCGACGCCCUCAGGUGACGGCAGCAGGAUUUCGAAUGUGGCUGAGCCAGGCAAGUUGUUGGCGACACGCGUUCAACGGAAGCGAGGAUCUGUUGUAAAAGCCCGUGUCCACAUGGAAAAAGGUCCAUUUCGAGUUGUUUUGACAAGCCCCGAUGGGGUCGGCAUAACUCCGCGAAAUGAGGAUUGGUAGCCCUGCGGCCUAGUGAUAUAAAGAAAUGGCCUGCCCUCACUUACGAUGAGAAACUGAAGGAGUUGUUAGGCAGCCCGGCACU